AUGGACAAAGAGACCUCGUCAGUUCUUGGAUUGAGAAAGCCUCGUUUGUCUACGAAGCAAAAACUGCCGAAGCGUGUGUCUUUCAAAGAUGAAACCUGGGUGAUUAAUAUUCCCGCAUAUGAAGAAAGUCAAAACGCCGCUGAUUUACGAGAUGGUUUUGUAUUUACAAGAGAUUCCGUGGUGGGAAACUCUUGGAUUAAUAGUAGGACAGACGCAACUAGAGGACGAGGAAGAUUGCAAACGUUUUCCACGUCUUCUUCGUUUCAUGGAAACAAAGGACAACAAAGUCCUCAGACAACACAGACUUACGGAACGAUCAAUCCAGGGCACGAUAUAAGUAGACCUCCUUACAAAUCAAUCCUCAAAUCUCCAGCAACAAGUUAUCAAAGGAAAAGUCAUUUGAUUGAAACAUACCUUCCUGCAAAACAGACUCGCCGAGUUUCUGCAAGUGCAAGAUAUGACUUCUCGGACACUUGCAAUAACUUCAAACACGAUCCGAGUCAUUUGCUACCAGCUAGGGAGGUUAUAAACAGACUUGAAAAACCUUUUUUGGCCAGAAACCUACCGGCCAGCCGUUCUUCCUUUACUCGCGGACAGGAAUCUAGGGAGGGAGUACUUUAUAACAAAUCUGCGCGGUUGUAUGACCAAGAUUUUUCGUUCGGUAGAACCUCGUCCGAUUAUGACUUGAACCAAAGUGAGAAAACAAGAACGAUCAAUAGCGGAAAGCAAUCACAAGUAAAUUUCGAUGUCGUUGGGGUAACGUAUGGUAGGGUGGACAAAAUGCCGUAUUUUCACGAUAUCAGUGGUGCAAUAAGCGGAAUCAAAGAAUACACCCCUCUUUUGAAUUCGCCUAACGACCGAGCACGCUUUGAACAUUCCACAGUUUCCAGGACAAGUCAUUUUGACUCAAACCGAGGGGGAAGACAUAUAUCUGUCAUUCCUGCAAUCGCGGCCUUCAACAGAAAAACUCGAGACAAAGCAAAACAUUUUUCCACUACUUGGACACGCGAAUAUGACACAAGUUUGAAGAGACAAUUACCGAUGGCUUGGCCGCCAAGCAAACCGUACAAUUUUUCAACAAAAUAA